CGCCAGAGAGCCCUCCCCCACACACAUACACAUACACACACACACGCCGCUCCGCUAAAGAUGUGAAAAUGGCGGAGCUACAAAUGCUUUUGGAAGAGGAGAUUCCAGCAGGGCGAAGCGCACUACUAGACAGCUUCACCAAUUUGGAAAGAGUCGCGGAGUACUGCGAAAGCAACUAUGUCCAGUCUCCAGACAAGCAGAGGGCCCUGGAGGAGACCAAGAACUACACCACCCAGUCUCUGGCCAGCGUCGCCUACCUGAUCAACACGCUGGCCAACAAUGUCCUCCAGAUGCUGGACAUCCAGGCCUCGCAGCUCCGCCGCAUGGAGUCCUCCAUCAACCACAUCUCACAGACGGUGGACAUCCACAAAGAGAAGGUGGCCCGGCGGGAGAUCGGCAUCCUCACCACCAACAAGAACACGUCCCGCACGCACAAGAUCAUCGCCCCAGCCAAUCCCGAGAGGCCUGUGCGCUACAUCCGCAAGCCCAUCGACUACAGCAUGCUAGACGACAUGGGCCACGGAGUCAAGUGGUUGCAAAGGUUUAAGGCCAGCGCUCAAAACAUGAAGGCCGGAGGCGGCGGACUCCCUCGCACAAACCCCCCCACACAGAAGCCCCCCAGCCCGCCCAUGUCGGGGAAAGGGACCCUUGGCAGCGGGAGCAGCGGAGGCAGCCAUCCCAGCAGCAGUCGCAGCAGCAGCCGAGAGAACAGUGGCAGUGGCAGCGUGGGCGUGCCCAUCGCCGUGCCGACCCCAGCCCCGCCCACCGCCUUCCCAGGCGCUCCUCAGUUCUACAGCAUGAACCGCCCGGCGCAGCCACCCCAGAACUCGCAGGUGGGAGGCUCGCUGCCGUAUCGCCGACCCGCGUCCGUCACCGGUCAGCCCAACAUGGCCCACAACCAAAGCCAGCUCAACGGGGGACCACACUUCGCCCAGAACCCAGCCGGCCCGCUCGCGCCCCCGCCCCCCUCCAUGCAGAUCACCCCUCAGCUGCCUCUGAUGGGCUUUGUGGCCCGAGUUCAGGAGACUAUCUCAGACGUGCCGCCUCCACCUCCGCCCGCCGAGGAGCCGGUGUUUGAGGAACCCACACCUCCUCCUCCGCCGCCGGAGGACUACGAGGACGACGAGGACGAGGAAGAGUCGGCCGUGGUGGAGUACAGUGACCCGUACGCCGAGGAGGACCCGCCCUGGGCCCCGCGCACCUACAUGGAGAAAGUGGUGGCCAUCUACGACUACGCCCGCGACAAGGAAGACGAGCUCUCGUUCCAGGAGGGCGCCAUCAUCUACGUCAUCAAGAAGAACGACGACGGCUGGUACGAGGGCGUGAUGAACGGCACCACGGGCCUGUUCCCCGGCAACUACGUCGAGUCAAUCAUGCACUACGCCGACUGAACAACCCCCCCGCCCCCCUGCCCCCUCCCUCUCUCAGCGGCGGAGGAGUAAAGGGAGGAGCGUUAGACGGGGGGAGUGGAGGGGGAGGGGGAGCCGUGGGUUUAAAGGUCAAAGACUUUGAUCAGACAGAGCAUGAUCACCUCCGGGCGAAGAGAGAACCGGGAGGGAGGAGGAGGAGGA